AUGCUUACCGACGAUAUGGCAGACUCGGCACAAAGGUUCCAGGUUAUCAUCGCUGGUGGUAGCUUGGUGGGCCUAACCACUGCACUGGCUUUGGAGAAGGCCGGGAUCUCUUACGUCCUGUUGGAGAAGCGUGAAAUCGCUCCGCAUUUAGGAGCAUCCAUCUCCAUUCACCCGCAUACCCAGCGGGUGAUGGAGCAGUUGGGGGUAUGGCCUGAAAUCAGGGCAGGCGUACUACCCCUUGAGAACAGGCAACAUUAUGAUGAGAACGGUGUUUUGUUCGAGGACUCUUCGAUAUUGCAGGAGAUAUCCAAGCAGUGUCACGGCCGGUGUACAGCAUUCAUGGAACGCAAGUUCUGGCUUAGCUGUAUCUAUAAAACCAUCAAGGACAAAUCUCGCAUUCGCACAAACUCCGGAGUGGCCUCGUUCGUCGAGUCCGCAGAAGGUGUAGAAGUCACGACGGAGAGCGGCGAGAUACUGAAGGGGUACAUCUUGCUCGGCGCCGAUGGCGUCCAUAGCCAUGUCCGGAGUCUCCUAGCAGAAAAGCUCGACAGCACUGAUGCCGCCGCCGCACAAAAGAUGCGGGAGUGCUAUGUCAGCACCUAUCACGCCAUCUUUGCUACCUCAAGGAACAUGAACGCAAAGGGAGAACUGUUUCUUCCGGAGCGCAUGGUCCACAACGUCUACUACCCCGGCUUUUCUGGCGUUUCUGCUGCCGGUGUUCGCGAUAUCGUGUUUUGGUUCUUAUUCGUCAAAAGUGACCAAGUCACCAAGACCCCGAACACCCCGCGCUUCACCGAGGAGCAAACAAUGGCCACAAUCGAGAAGUAUGGAGACCGCAACCUCGGCCCUGGAUACACGUUCAAGGACCUGUGGGACACCCGAGUCAAAGCGAGCAUGGUGGCUCUCGAAGAGGGAGUGCUUCAGACAAAAUGGAAUUCCGGUGGCAGGGUUGUCCUAUUGGGGGACGCAGUGCACAAGGCGACAGUCAACCCGGGACUAGGGGGCAAUCUCGCAGUGGAGGGCGUUGUGCACCUUAUGAACGAGCUCGUGCCCCUUCUGCGCAGAUGCGAGGAGGAUGGCAUGCGAAAACCGACCACCACCGAACUGGCCGCCACGUUCGACGAGUACGAGAAGAAGCAGCGGCCGCAUGCCGACCUCAUCGUGAACGCUUCUGGCUACAUCACGCGCUAUGAGGCUAUGGACACAUGGUGGCUCAAUGCCCUCCGUCGUGUCUCCCCUUGGGUCAGUGAUAGUAUGAAGGCGAGUGGGUUUGCUCGAUACAUUAAUGAGGGGCCGUGGUUGAAUUUCCUGCCCAUCCAAGAUGAGCAACUGGGAGCUGGCGAAGGGGGUCUGUGA